AUGAGGACGACAGGCGAUGCAAACGGGGAGAAACAUAAGAGCAAUAAAGGGAAAGAACCAGUAAUAGCGGACGUCUCUACGAGAGAGGUCGACCUUGCAGCGGAGGCAAAUCCUAAGCAGAAGGAAGAAUGGGCGCAGGUCUCGCGCAAAACUGGCAAAGGCAGCUCUUCAAGAGCUAGAGGGACAACCAAUCAGGCCUAUCCGACGCUCUUCGUGAGAGGAUACCCCGAAGGAUGGCUUCCAAUCAACAUUUCCAGAAUCUUCGGACAAGCUAGCGCAGUAAUGGAUGUCAUAAUGCCGAGAGACAGACACUCAGGGACGUACAGGGGCUUCGCAUUAGUGAAGAUGAGCUCAGAAGAGGAACUGGCCAGAGCGAUGGAGAUGCUCCACGGAGAGAAAUUCGCAGGGGUUCCUCCGUUAGUACAGAGAGUGAGGUUUGGGCUGGAGAGGACCCAACCCAGGAGAAAUACAUAUAUCCCCAGCCAAUUAGCCCAAACUAAUCAUCUGGCCAAACCCCAAUCAAAGCCCCAGCAGAAGCAAGGAGGUGCCUCUUUCAAGAACGCCCUCCUCAACUCCCAUCCCUCAAGCCAUCCACAGUCGAUCGGAGAGGACCCCAGCCCUCCAUUUCAGGCCCCAUCCAGGUCAAUAGCCUCGACGGGCGUCGAUUCUGCAGGCCUCUAA